UACAAAUAAAGCUUAUAUAACCAUAUUGUAUUUACUCAACUGAAUUACAUUGAACAGCGAACUACGUGUGUGUGGUUCUAUUAGUACAUAACCGAAAUAAUGGGAGAAGAAGCUGUCACCAAACAACCUAUGUCAAGUCAAAUUGAGGAGACCAGAGAAUGGGAGUCAGGCCUAUUUCAGUGUACAAAUGACCUUACUAGUUGUUUCUUGUCACUGUUUUGUCCAUGUCCAUAUUUAUGCUAUUUAUAUUCAUAUGCCAAUGAACCGUGUUGGUUGCCUUGUAUUGGCGCUGGAACUGGUCCACUUAGAAUGCGACAACGUUUUAGGCAUAAAAUUAAAGGUUCAAUAACUAAUGACUUUUUAUUAUCAUGCAUAUGUACACAAUGUGUUAUGUGUCAAUUAAAAAGAGAUAUGGAUUAUGUCGUUAAAAAUGAUGGAGAUAUUUAAUAAUUUCUAUAUAAAAUUCAAUAUGAUCAAAUCAAGAACUAAAUUAUUUGUGUGAUAAUCCAUUAAAAUCUUAUAUAAUAAGAGUUACAUAUGUGUUAACAAUGUUCAAUUUUCUCAUUUCAUUUUAAAUAAAGUAAUAUAGUAAAAAAAAAUUUAAUUCAAUAAUUAUGAUUGAUUGGUAUUGGUUAUUGAUUAUUAUCUUUGGAGUAAUUGAUUUACGAAUAAAAUCAUUGGAUUAUGUUGAUACUUUUUUCUGGUUGUACUUCAUUUUUGUUUAUUGGCUUAUUUACAACUAUGCACUUCUCUCCCUCUAAAUGCAAGUUGUUGCUUCAGGACUGGUCUGCGUCAUCACCUGAACUAAGGAUAGGUAGUGAAGUAGUCGAACGCGUUGACAACUUCACUUAUCUUGGAAGUCUGAUCAGCCCUAAUGGUUUGGUGUCUGACGAAAUCUCACCACGGAUUCGAAAAGCUCGUCUGGCUUUUGCAAAUUUACGGCACUUAUAGCGAAGGCG